AUGGACCUUUUUAUAUUAUAUUACGAUAUACGACCGUUCGCCUUUUCAUCACUUUGGCCUGGAGCCAGUCUAGGGUGUAGGCUUGCUUCGCAUAGGCUCGGGUCGGUGGUAACUAAAUAUAGAGAGAAGAAAAUCCUUAGGUUGACCAAGGAUAGGAAAUCUACUCUAUCUACUGAUGCGGGAAAGGUUGUUGAGAAGGGGACAUGUGAUCAAUUUGUUCUCCUUUCUAACCGAUCCAUUGCGUGUCACGUCGCCCUAUCCAUAGAGGAAGAAGGCGUAUGCUCAAGUCUAAAAUCUUUCCUACCAAUCGUAUAG